AUGACGGGCGAUAGCGUCGGCGUCGGCGCGCCGCCCGAGCCCGUCGUCAUUACGAUCGAUGACUUUGAUCAAGACGCGAGCAGCGACGGAGAGCUGCUCAAUAGUCCCCGGUCCCUCGAGGCGUGUUGUGAGGUGGGUGUGACGCCGGCCGAGCUCCUUCGCCGACCGCUCUCGUACUUUGAGCGGCCCCACGAGUCGGCGUCGUUGACGCAAAAACGAGCCGAGCGCUACGAGCGGCACCGCGAGCAGCUUUUCGACCAAGUGCGCGCCGUGCGGCAAGCGCUUCUGCAGACCAAGAAGCCGCAGCCGUCGUCGCCGGGCAAAAGCACGAUCGUCGCGAGCCAUUCGCUGAGCCCCUCCAAGAAGGCGCGGACCUACGUGUCGCUGCCUACCGAGCAUACGACGACUACCCAGGGCGGGAUAUUCGAAUCGACGAUGCUCGAGACGGAGCGUCGCCGCUUGGAGAAGAUCCAGCAGCGCCAGCUCAUGGAGAUGCAACAGCUCAUGCACAUGGAGCUAAAGCGCGCAGAGAUGGACGCCGCCAUGCAGCAAGCCGCCGAGCAGCGCAAGAUGCGGGAAGACGCCAUCGAGCGCGACAAGGCGCGGCGCGCCAAGGACGCCGACGACGCACGCCGCCGCCGCGAGGCCGAAAAGGCAGCGCAGGAAGCCGAGGCUAUCUUGCAACAAAAGCGGCUCGCUCAAAAAGACUAUGAAGACACGCAGCGCCGAAAAGCCGCGGACAUCCUAGAGGCCAAGGCGCGCAAGGCGGACGCUGCGCGUCGUGAGCGCGAGCGGCAGCGCAAGCAAGACGAGCACCACGAAAUGACCCAAGAGAUUCUCACCGAGCUCCAACAACAGGCCAUGGCGCGGAUGCACGAAAUGAACGUGCGCGAACAACUGCGGCGCGAGAAGCUCGAGAAGGCGCGCGACGACCGAGCCCGCCAGGUGCACGAGAAGGCCAUGCGCAACAAGGCGCGCAUCGAACACGUCCUCACCGACAAGGAGCGGCUUGCCGAAGAACAGCGAACGGCGUUGGAGCGACGACAGGCCGAGAGCGAGCGCCGCCGGCAGCAGCACGAACAUGAAUUGCAGCUGCGAAAGCAAGAACAAGCCGAGCUCGAAGAAGCGCGGCGCGUACGUCGUAUGCAAAAGAUCCGCGACAACCAGCGACUCGCAGAAGAAGAGAGGCGGCGAAAGCUCCUUGAGGCCGAGACCGAAGCCGAGUACCGACUGCGCAAGCGCGAAGAAGCCAAGGAGCGCGAGCGCAAAGAGAAGCAAAAGGAAGACGAACGGCGACAAGAAGAGCGCGCCCGCGUCGCUGCACGCAUGCGGGAGGUCGAGGAGGUCCGCGCGACCACCGUGCUUCACAAGACGGUCGAGAAAGGCCGGCGCACCGAAACCGUUCAAGAGAAGCGCCGGGCCGAGCUCCGAAACAAACUAGAGGACGCAAAACUUCGGGAGGAAGAGAUUGCACACGCGCUCGAGCGGCAAGCCCGAAAAGAUGACUACCACCGCAGUCUUCUGCAGGCCAAGCUCCAAGCCGACCACGAACGCGCCGAGGCGCUGCGACGACAGAAGGACAUGCUCCUCAAGCAGCGCCAAGUCGCGCAGCAAAAGGCCAACGUCCAGCGGCACGAGAUUCUCGAUAGCUUCCACCGCAUGAAGGUCACCAAGAAAUUCGACUUGAGUAAACUCGCGUCCAAGAACGGCAUCGAUCUCUCCGUGCACCGCACCCAGAGGGUACAAGCGACAACCGCCAAAGACGACAUUGCCAAGUCGCUCGACGGCCGCCCACCGAGCGGCCGAAUACCGGCGCGCCCCAAACGACCCGCCACCGCCAAGACCCGCAAGCCACCGCCUGCUACGGCCUCGUCUGCUUGUCGCGAGCGGUACAUCAGCCGCCGCAUCUCUCGGUACCCUCGGCACGAAGCUGCAGCGUCCUCAUCGUCGCCAGCAGUCACGAGCGUGCCUCUUGAAGUCUCCAACGAAGACGCGGUCCGGGAUCAACUCGAUCAGUUUCGUCGGCGACAGAACCAAGAGCUGCUCCACGUGCUCGAAGAAGAGCAAGCGGCAGAGGAGCAGCGCGAGAUCAUCCUGCGCAACGCCGGCGACGUGUCGGAGCGCCGGCGACUCGAAAAGAUCUUUGGCGUCGAGCGCAACAUGGCGAGCGAACGCAUCAUGCGCCUCACCGAGGAGCACGAGAUCAUGUUUACGCAGCGCAUGGCCGACCUCGACGUCCACUGCGCGUCGCCCCCCAAGUAGCUAGCUGUACAUACACGCCAUCAUCCUCUUCGCGCGUCCCCAUCCACCACGCAGCACGAUAAACAUGUCGAUGGGAGAGC